AUGGCUCAGAGCGCUUCCUGUUCCUGGAGCCGCGCGUGCCCAGCUGCGCAUGGGCUUGCACCUGCCUGUGCCCAAGAGCACUAUACAGAGAGCCACAGAUCAAGGCACCUAACCAGAAAAUCGUGGAUGGAGAGGGUCUGAAUGGAGGGACAGUAGACUCCAGGAGAGAUACAUGGCCAGCUCCCAAGAGGCACAGGAACAGCUUGGCUUUGGGUGCUCCGGCACAGACCUCCGACUUCCCUUUUCUUGCCAGUACAAACUGAUUUUUCCUCUGUGUUUUUUGACUUUCUUUGGUGGCAGCCACUUGGCCCCCUCUUCUUUCACCCUCCACAAUGGUGAGGUGGUUUCAUCGUGACCUGAGUGGGCUGGAAGCUGAAGCCUUACUGAAGGGACGAGGUGUCCAUGGGAGCUUUCUAGCCAGACCCAGUCGGAAGAAUCAGGGUGAUUUUUCUCUUUCAGUCCGGGUUGGUGACCAGGUAACCCACAUCCGCAUCCAGAAUACUGGGGAUUUCUAUGACCUAUAUGGAGGGGAGAAGUUUGCUACCUUGUCAGAACUGGUAGAGUACUACACACAGCAACAGGGCUCACUGCAGGACAAAGAUGGAACCAUCAUCGACUUGCGAUACCCGCUCAACUGUUCUGACCCCACGACAGAGAGGUGGUACCAUGGGCAUCUGUCAGGUCCUGCAGCUGAGUCACUUCUCCAGGCCAAAGCCACCCCUUGGACAUUCUUGGUGCGGGAGAGCCUCAGCAAACCUGGGGAUUUUGUCUUGUCUGUCCUCACUGACCAGCCUAAACCUGGGUCUGAGGCUCCACCAGCUGGGGCAACCAGUGCCUCUGGGGCCCGGCUCAAAGUCACGCACAUCAAGAUCAUGUGUGAGAAUGGACGCUACACAGUUGGAGGCGCUGAAAUGUUUGACAGCUUGACAGAUCUGGUUGAGCACUUCAAGAAGAUCGGAAUUGAAGAGAUGUCUGGCACCUUCGUGUACCUGAAGCAGCCCUACUAUGCUACAAGGGUGAAUGCUGCUGACAUUGAGAAUAGAGUGCAGGAACUGAACAAGAAGAGUCUAUCUGAGGAGACGUCCAAGGCUGGAUUCUGGGAGGAAUUUGAUAGUUUGCAAAAACAGGAAGCCAAGCACCUGUUUGACCGUCAUGAGGGUCAGAGACCUGAAAACAAGAGCAAGAACCGAUACAAGAAUAUCUUGCCCUUUGAUCACUCCAGAGUCAUCCUCCAAGGAAGGGACCCAAAUAUACCUGGAUCGGACUAUAUCAAUGCCAACUAUGUCAAGAACACCAUGAUCAGCCCAGAUGAGUGCACCAAGACCUACAUCGCUAGCCAGGGCUGCCUGGAAGCCACAGUCAAUGACUUCUGGCAAAUGGUGUGGCAGGAGAACACACGCAUCAUCGUGAUGACGACACGGGAGGUAGAAAAAGGGCGGAACAAAUGUGUGCCUUACUGGCCAGAGCUGGGCAGCACAAAGGAGUAUGGUCCCUACCUUGUGGAGAAUGCUGCGGAGCACGAUGCGUUGGAGUACAAACUCCGGCAGCUCUGUCUGUGUCCAAAGGAUAACGGUAAGGCUGUGCGUGAGAUCUGGCACUACCAGUACCUGAGCUGGCCUGACCACGGUGUGCCCAGUGAGCCAGGAGGAGUCCUCAGCUUUCUCGACCAGAUAAACCAGAAGCAAGAGAGCAUCCCGGGUGCAGGGCCUAUUCUGGUGCAUUGCAGUGCUGGGAUUGGCCGCACUGGGACUAUCAUCGUCAUUGAUAUGAUAGUGGAAACAAUCUCCACCAAGGGCCUGGACUGUGACAUUGACAUCCAGAAGACCAUCCAGAUGGUGAGGGCUCAGCGAUCUGGGAUGGUGCAGACAGAGGCCCAGUACAAGUUCAUCUACAUGGCCAUCUGCCAGUUCAUAGAGGCAACCAAGAAAAAGCUGGAAAUUAUCCAGUCUCAGAAAGGCAGGCCAAACGAGUGUGAGUAUGGGAACAUCUCCUACCCCCCUGCAGUGAGGAAUGCACAUGCCAAGGUUUUACGAAAACUCUCCAAGCAAAAAGAGGAGUCAACGGUUUAUGAGAACUUGGGGAAAAAGGAGGAGAAGGUGCAGAAACAGCGCUCCUCAGAGAAGAAGCUGAAAGGCUCACUAAAGAAAAAAUAAUGAUAAUUGCAGGUAGCCCCAUGGCAGUUUUGAACCUGGACUGGACUGGAGUUCACAUCCUGACAGGCCUGUUUCACAUUCCUUGCUCUUGGACUGGAACUAGGCCUUCCCAUUCUCUUCCCUGCCAGCUUUCAGUGCCUGGAACCAGACUGCUUUCCAGCUCAGCUCAGCUGACUGACUUUACGGUCCCUUGCCUGUGCAGGCGAGCAAAGUCUCUUACUGCCCCCUUGUCACUCAUUAGCGGGAAAAAAAAUCAGGCCCUUUCUUUCCUUUGUUCCCUGAGCACUGGGGCCCAAACUCACCUCUGCUGUGUCAGCUUUUUGAGGAAGCAGGCUUCUUGAGUAAGAGCUGAGGAAGGGCAUCACAGAGCUGCCUCUCCGACUACUGCUGUGAGUUAGUUUAGCCUGUUAGUGUUCUCUGAAGCCUCAGCUUUCCAAGUAUGGAGGUUUUGGCCUGUUUCAGCUCAGAUCCUCUGCAAUUCAAAGGAAACUUCCUCUUUCCUUAAUAUCAACCCUCUGCCCUAUGAUCCUCCUACUCUGAUCCUUCAGCUGGAUGCUGUAAAUAUACCAGAAUUGGAUAUGAUGGCCACAUUUUCUUCUUUGUUUGUAAAUAAACUUGUAUUUGUUUGACUACUGAGUACCAAAA